UAUGUCUUCUAGUCUCUUGACUCUCUUCUAUCUCCCAUCUUUGCCUCUCUUUAAAUUUUAUUCACAAACCACAAUCUAAGUUAAUCAAACAAGCAUUGGAGAAUGUGAGAGGGAUACACUAUUCUCAUCCAAAAAAAUUUCUAGGUUUGGGCGGUGCUGCGAUGGACUGGUGGUGGUCAGUGGCGUCAGCCGUGGUGUGCUAGUCAACCUUUGCUUUGCCCAACUCCUCAGUUUGAGGCAACAAGAUCGGACUAGUUGCAGUGAACAAGUAUGCAAAAUCUAUAACAAAAUUGAAUUAUCAAGUCGGCUUUGUAUUAGUAUUUAUGUGUGUGUGUGUGUGUGUGUGUUUUUUUUUUUUUUUUGAGGGGGAUGUAUUAGUAUUUACGUUGGGAAACCAUUUUAAUCUUAUGCAGUAGUGAUGGAGCUCUUUUUCUUCUUCCUCAUUUCGCUACUCUUGGUUUAUUCUAUUUAUUUUGGCAUAUGGACUUUAGCUUAUAAAACCAAAGAAAAUGUCACCGGCAUGAGGCCAAGUCUCCCUCCUGGAAGUUUUGGUUGGCCAAUUAUUGGUGAAACCCUUCAAUUUAUUGCUGCACACUAUGAGGGAACUGUAGAUAAAUUUGUCUCAAAGAGAGCAACCAAAUAUUCCUCCAAAGUAUUCAAGACUUCUCUUCUUGGAGAGAAUUUUAUCGUUUUUUCGGGCGCUGCUGCGAAUAGAUUCAUUUUUUCAAAUGAUAACAAGUGGUUCGCACGUUGGCGACCUCCCUCAGUUCAAAAACUCUUUCCCUCCAUGAAAUUUGUACCCAUUGAACAUGAUGCUGCCAAGGCCAAGAAGUUUAUGUCCUUGUUCUUCAAAUUCAAUGAGGCUCAAAAAUUAGUAGCAUCAAUUGACUCUAUUUCAAGAAACCAAUUGAAGAAUAAUUGGGAAGGCAAAGAUAAAGUCCAAGUACAUCCUCUAGUAAACAUGUACACAUUCGCAUUAGUUUGCCAUUUAUUUUUGAGCAUCAAUGACACUGAAAAGGUAUCAAAGCUUUUGUACCACUUCAAUCAUCUCAAUGAAGGCAUACUAUCUAUACAAUUAAGUAUCCCCGGGACACCAUUUUAUCGUGCAAUCAAAGCAGCAGAAGCUCUUAGGAAAGAGAUUUAUUUGAUUAUUAAGGAGAGGAGGGAAGCCUUGGCAAAGAAUUUAGCAUCUCCAACACAAGAUGUGCUAUCACAGAUGAUUGCUGUGCCGUUCGAUGAUGGGUUCAUGCCAGAAUUGGAGAUUGCAGACAAGAUUUUGGCAUUUCUAAUUGGUGGCCAAGAUACUACUACUGCUACAAUCACUUUUGCUAUGAAAUAUCUCGCAGAGAUGCCUCACCUCUACAAUGAAGUUUUAAAAGAGCAAAGAGAGGUCAGAGCAUUAAUGAAGCCAAGAGAAGUACUAUGCUGGGAGGACGUACAGAAAAUGAGAUACACAUGGAACUUUGUGAAUGAAGUAAUGAGGCAUAGAACAAUAAUUCCAGGUGCCUUCAGAGAAGCCAAGACAGAUAUCAACUAUGAAGGUUAUGUCAUUCCCAAGGGAUGGAAGAUAUAUUGGAGUGUGGGUUUUACCCAACAUAAUUCUGAGUACUUCUCAGAACCAGAAAAGUUUAAUCCCAUAAGAUUUGAAGGAAGUGGACCUCCUCCUUACUCCUACGUUCCUUUUGGGGCAGGACCUUUAAUGUGCCCUGGAAAGGAGUAUGCUAGAAUGACCAUUCUUGUCUUCCUUCAUUAUGCAGUGAAAAUGUUCAAAUGGGAACCAAUUCUUCCCAAUGAGAAACUAAAGUUCAAGUUGGUCCACGUUCCAGCAGAGGGCUUCCCUGUUCGCCUUUCUCCGCACCAGAAUUAAGUAGGUUUCUGUAUUUUUUUUUUUUUUUUUUUCUCUAUAUGAUUUUCAUUUUACUUUAAUUUUUUUAAUAAUCAAGAAUAUUUUUUAGUACCAAAGAAAACACAUGGUACAUCAAGGUUUAAAUUUCUGUCCAAUGCAGUGGACAUAAUAUGUAUGAUGUAGACAUUUGUCCAAUUUGCACUGGACAUGAUACUUUGCAGACACGUGUCAGCAUCGUACUGU